AUGAGAAUGACCUUGAGUAAUUGUGAGUCUUUGGAUAACUUAUUUUACGACCCUCUAGAGGAAGAGGAAAGUAGUAAAUUCAUUGAAGCGGUCAGAAUUUUAAUGAGUAGAAACGACAUGAGAUAUUCUUCCGCUGCUGCAAAUGGUACGUACUGCUUAAGAAAGGUCAAGUCUUUAAACGCCAAACAAUGGAAAAUAAAUAAGAAAAGAACGUACAUAUUGCCAACGGUCAAGAAGAAGAAUUUUGAUUUUCACGAGCAAAGAAGCUUAAUCUUGAAUUUGAAUUUAUGGAAAUUCAUCAAAUUCAUUAAUUGUGGCAGUAAAAACAAUUACAAGAAAAAUGACAAGCAUGAGAGACACUUGAACAAGACUGUAAAGAAUGGCAAUGUUUUACUGUUACAAAAACACAAGAAAGUGGACAAUGAUCAAAGGUUGGAGAACCUUUUUUGGAGAAGUUGGUUUAAGGCACGCAAAAGAAAAGACAUAGUGGACGGCCCACGAGAAAGGCACAUCAAAUUUAACGAUAACGUCGAACAGUGCAUUAUAACUGAUGAUCACUUUAUACAAAGGCUCCCCUCGACACGAUUGAAUUCGGCUGAUGAACCGCGCCCUUGUUCACAGUCUGAACUUGAUUCCUGUAUUGGCUACGCAGCAAGCAAGCGAAUUUUUUAUGACUAUAGCAGCGUUUACGUCGCCAGUGACACUAUUACUGCCACUGCUGUCAGGGACACUGCCACUGCCACUGCAACCGCCAUUAUCAGUAGUAAUAGUGGGGACCAUCGGCAUAAGCACGACGUUCGCGACGUUCCAAGGAAUGUUCUGCUAGGGGGAAGAAAACCAGAUUUCAGUAGUGUGCUUCGGGUUGACUCUGAUCUCAAGCUAUCCAACAUAAGUCAUCAUUCCGCCGUAAAAUCCUCGUCGACUUCAAGCCAUUCUACAUUUAUUUUCGAGUCAGAAACUGACACUGACACUGACACUGACACUGAUACUGAUACUGACACUGACACUGAAGCAGAAACUGGAACUGAAACGGGAAAUGACAUUGAUACUUACAUAGACGCUAGUAUACCCAACGUGCUCUUAUAA